AUGAAACAAUUUGCCAAUAAUGGAGUGUUAUUCAUGCUAGCACCAGCAUUUCUUAUUGCAUCCGAUUUUAUAGCCACCAAGUUUUCAGCCAGCAAGGCUGCUACCCAAAUAACGUCUAAUAAAGGAGGUUCAAUUUUUAUGAAUCAUGUUUAUGGGUCAAAAUUCUACAAUACCAGCUUUAAGAGGUUUCCAGACCCAAACAGUUCUUCCAAUGGGAAAUGGUAG